AGUUAUAAUUAGCACAUACUGGGAGGACUGGGGAGGGGUCACGUUUCCUCUGGAGGUUCAGAAGAAAAAGAUAAAAAAAGAGAAUAAAGUUAAUGUGAGUGAGAGAAAGCGAUACAAGUUUUGUUGAUUUGAUUGCAUGUGUUUUUAGGGGGUCGGGGGCCGAAUGUGUCGAUGAACAAGAGGGUGACAACACAGACAUGGGAGGGUCGAGUUAAAGAAAGAAAGCGGGAGAGAGAGAGAGGGAGAGAGAGGGGUGGGGGCACAGACAGAGAGAUUUAUUUCCACAGCUGACAGUGAAGCUCCCGUCACACACUCGUUUUCGGAGGUGAGAGAGGGACUAAGAGAGGAAAGAAGUUAACUCCGAGAAAGUGGACAAAUAAAACAGACAAUAUGGAUACCUUGGCUUUAGAGGCCACGCAGCCCAAAAAGGCUCAGAACGGAGCCGUGGCAGCAGCGCCCGGACCCCCCACUCCUGCCAAACGCAAACCCGCUAAAAAGACUAAGAAAGCUGUGGUCUUUUUCGAGGUGGAGAUUCUGGACGCCAAGACGAAGGACAAGCUCUGCUUCCUGGACAAGGUUGAGCCCAAUGCCACUAUCGGGGAAAUCAAGUCCAUGUUCCACAAGAGUCACCCUCAGUGGUAUCCGGCCCGGCAAUCCAUUCGUUUGGAUCCCAAGGGAAAAUCUUUGAAGGACGAGGACGUGCUGCAGCACCUGCCUGUGGGAACCACAGCAACCUUCUACUUCAGAGACCUGGGGGCCCAGAUCAGCUGGGUCACAGUGUUUCUGACGGAGUACGCCGGCCCGCUGCUCAUCUAUCUCAUGUUUUACUUCCGAGUCCCGUUUAUUUAUGCGCCUAAAUAUGACUUUACCACCAGCAAACACUGGGUUGUACAUUUGGCGUGUAUGUGUCACUCCUUCCACUACGUGAAGAGACUCCUGGAAACACUGUUCGUCCAUCGCUUCUCGCACGGGACUAUGCCCCUGCGCAACAUCUUCAAGAACUGCACGUACUACUGGGGAUUUGCAGCUUGGAUGGCUUAUUACAUCAACCACCCGCUCUACACGCCACCCACCUACGGAGAACAGCAGAUCAGACUGGCCCUAACCGUGUUCCUGUUCUGUCAGAUCGGAAACUUCUCCAUCCACAUUGCCCUGAGAAACCUUCGACCACCAGGAUCUAAGACCAGGAAGAUCCCAUAUCCGACUAAAAACCCCUUUACUUGGAUCUUCCUGCUGGUCUCCUGCCCCAACUACACGUAUGAGCUGGGCUCGUGGCUGGGCUUCACUCUGAUGACCCAGUGUCUGCCCGUGGCCUUCUUCACGCUGGUGGGCUUCAUUCAGAUGACCGUGUGGGCCAAAGGAAAGCACCGCAGCUACCUGAAGGAGUUCCGCGACUAUCCCACUCUGCGCUCGCCCAUCCUGCCCUUCAUCCUGUAGGACAGAGUCACGCAGUGUUCCCCUCGUCUUUUUAACCUUUUCCUAUUCUCUCGUCCUCCCCUUAUCAUCUCUUUUAUACUGUGUCCAUGUCCCACCUCCAUUCGUUUCACAUGCAUCUUUCCUGCAUUUGCUCAUCUCCUGGAAGGGACUGACUCUGAAGAAUAAAGUCAGCUCAGAGCCAGAACCUCCAGGAGAGCCCCCUCUAUGGUUUGGAUGAUAUCUAUCAUCUGGGGAAAUCUCAUGAAAACGGUCAAGAGCAUGUCCGGAUCACAAUCCAGUCAUUCAAAAGAAAGAAAUAAGAACUUUUGCACAAAGAAAAUGGAGCACAUUUUAGGACCGUGAAGAUUUUUUGACAUGAUUAUUAAACACCCUCAAUUUAAUUUCAUUUUCAUUAGCUGCUGUGAUGUGAAAAAAUGUUGCUUGUUGUCCAGAAUUGAUGAUUGUAAUAAAAUCAUCGUGUCUGGACAAUACAAUUUUUUUUCCAUUACAUUAAUGAAAGGAAAUUGAAAUGUCAAUGCCAAUCCUUUAAUGGUCAUCUACUUACAGCAAGUAAUGUCCCCCAAACAUGGACGUUUCUUCAUUAGAUUCCCCCAUCUUGUCAUGUAACAUCUUAAAGAGGUAGUUCACCUAAAAAUGAAAAUCAAUUUUUCAUCAUUACUCACCC